UCCCCGCUGUCGCCCCCGCCCCCCCCGCCUGGGUUGCUGCUAGCCGCGCUCUGCCUGCUGGCUUCCCACGGAGGGCCAGCAGCUUUCCUCAUCACCACCCCGUACUCGCUCUGCGUCUGCCCCGAGGGCCAGAACGUCACCCUGACCUGCCGGAUCAGCGGUUCCCUCGCCGACCACCACGACCUGCUCUACAAAACCUGGUACUUCAGCAGCAACGGUGACCAGAGCUGCUCCGAGAAGAAGCACAUCCGCAACGUCACCGAGAGGGAGCUGCACCACGACCUGAGCAGGCACCGUGAGCCGUGGGGUAAUGGCACCCAAAAAUCCCCCCUCAGAGGGCAUCACGGGGUGGAAUUUGUUCCUGAUCACCACGGUGCCUUUCAUAUCGUGGUGAUGAACCUGACGCUGCAGGACAGUGGGAAUUACUGCUGCUAUGCCAUGGAGGCCAGGAGGGAGCACGGCAAGCCCCAAACCGUGCAAGUCGCUCACGGCUUCGUGGAGCUGCAGAUCCAGCAAGGCAGAGGAGGGCUUCAAAACUGCACAUUUCACUCCACCACCAGCAAAGAUAUCACGGCUGCCGCGCUGGCGACAGGCGCCUGCAUCGUGGGCAUCCUCUGCCUUCCCCUCAUCCUGCUCUUGAUUUACAAGCAGAGACAAGCUGUCAGCAACAGACGUGCCCAUGAGCUUGUCAGGAUGGAGAGCAGUGCCCACGGCAUCGAGAACCCCGUCUUCGAAGCGGUCCCCUCGGCAGGCACGGAGCCGUGGCCCCGACCCCAGCUCUCCUACAUGGCCAGCAGGCAGCCCUCCGAGGCUGGCCGGCACCUCCUCUCCCACAUCCUGUUCCCGACUCACCAAAUGCCUUGA